UACCAUUUUUUCUGACCUCGUUACUUCGAUUUUUCCAAACUCCCAUCUUCUUCUGGAUAAGGAAGGGAAACUUCCAACUUCCUCAAACCCGUCACCAUCGAUCGACGUGUAUGCAUAUGCAUAUCAGCAUAUGCGUAUUAAAGACUGGUCGCAAGAUAUUUCGCUAUUUGGGUCUUGAAGAUAUCAAAUCAAUCUUUCCAGUCGUUCUGUUUUCUUUGAUUUCCACCGAAAAAAAGUUUGAAUCUUUUUAGGGUUUCAAAGAGGAGAUCUAGACCGAUUGUGUGGGGUGUUUGAAAGCGAUUAAGGAAAUCACUUGAGGCUUCAAUUCGAUUUGGAUAUUACGAAAGUGGGUGUUGAGAGAGACUUUGUGGAGGGUAAGUUAGUUUAUUGAUAAUUUGUUUGUGGCUUUGUCUUGAUUUCUUACAGUUUUUUUGGAUCUUUGUGACACUUACAAUAUUAGCGAUUGCCGGCCAUCAAUUGAGCAUCGUGUGGUCUCAAUUUUAUAUCUCUUAAACACAGGAACGCAUCUAAACACACUGAAGGUGUUUGGAUUAUCAAUCAAUCACAUAUGUUGGUUUUGGAUUCUUGAUUUCUGGAUUGAUUCUUCAUACCUUACUUCCAUGAGAUUAAAUGGAAAACUCAAAUGGAACAACAACGAAGAACAAUCUUCAAAUCAUCAAGCAUCCUACAUACCAACCAUACACUAAACCACUAUUAGCUUGGUUUGAUAUCCGCGUAUUCUAUGUCCGAAUUAGUAAUUUCAUGGUGGAUGGAUACACCCCCGAAUACCUAACUCUUACCCAUAUACCAUUAGACCCCGAUACUAUCCUUGAAGUCAAUAACAAAAGAUGCACCCUUGAUUCAACCGGAAGUGCAUGUCGUUUAAGAAGAAACCGAGUGGAUAAAAAGUUUGAAGAGGCUACUUUUGUGAGCACGGAUAGUAUUCGGUUGACUGGAAGUGUUAAAUUUGAGGUUUUUGAUGGGGAUGAUCUUAUUCUUUCUGGGGUUUUGGAGAUGUGUAAAAAUGAGAAUGGUAAAUUGAAGAAUAAUGAUGUUGAAAGAUGGAGUAUGAAAUGUGAAUCCAUGGUUAGUGGUGGUAGUCGGGUUUUGAAAGGGAAACAAAUUGCGGGUUCGGAUUCUAUGCCACCCAUGAUUGAAGUUUAUGUUGCGGGAUCUUUUGUUGGUCAACCGGUUAUUUUGACCAAGACUUUGCAGAUUAGUGUUAGAAGGAAGCAAGGUAGAAAAGGAGCCUUGGAUCCGAUUCCGGAGGGUGAGGCAACGGAAUCAAGGAAGGAUGUUCCGGAUAGACUUAGUCUUCAGGAAUCGGAAUAUGGACCUUACAAGAGUGAAAAUGAGUACGAAUAUGAAAACGAAAACAGCCUUCAUUGGAACCAAACAGAGUACAUGGAAGGUGAAGAUGGAGAACUCACGUGGUUCAAUGCCGGUGUGAGGGUUGGAGUUGGCUUAGGCCUCGGCAUUUGCCUCGGGGUUGGAAUCGGAGUUGGGCUUCUAGUUCGUACGUAUCAAUCUACCACCCGAAACUUCAGAAGGCGGCUUUUGUAGAUCCUUCUUAUCAAAGUUUUUCUUUUUCUUCUUUUUCACCGUUUGAUGAUACAAUAUAUAGAGUGUGAUAGCCGAUUGGAAUGAGUAAAACUAUGUAGACUGCAAACAUUCAAUUAGUUGUUUUUUGCUUCUUGUUGUAAUUGGUUUGUGUAAAUAGAUUUUGUUUCGCCUAUAAAAGAUUAUAAAGAUUAAACGGUUUUGUGUUA